AAGAAAAAGUUAAAUGAAACGAAUAACAUAAAUUACUGAGUAAACAAUAAAAACUUCCAUUUUAAUUAGCCAAGAGGUUACGUCAUGCUUAACGCAAGGGGAGGGGCGGGUGACGCCAUUUUCACGCAGCGUCAGUCACUGAGUGAAUCAGUGAAUCCAACAGAAGACCACCGAGCUGUCACAUGCAGGGCGGCCACCCACACGGACGUUCUGCCGCAUGAAGCCGCAGUCCUGCCGGCUUUCGAUUCACUGCGUGGUCGCAGACAUGACGGAGCUGCUGGAGCUGAGAGUGAAGGCAGCGCUCGGUUCAGCUGUGUGGCUAUAAAGCUAAAGUGGACAUCAACUAACGACAGCGGAUUCGACACCCGCUUGGAAGAAAAUUAAGUUUUAAAAUUCAUAUUCUCAUAAUUUAAAACAUUUGGCCCAGACUUCGGCGGACUGAGGAGCGGGAUCCCCGUCUCUGAUAAAACGUGAUUUAUCCGGGUCAAGAGGAAAAGGAAGCGGCGCUACUUUCCCGGCUUCAGUGACAGCGGAUGUCCUGAGAGAACGGAUGCGUGAGGACAUGUCCACCAUGGUGUGUGUGAAGGAGGAGGAGGACCCCGGGGAGAAACUGUCCCAGGAUGAAAUCAUCUGCAGGACCAAGCAGGUGAUCCAGGGCCUGGAGGCCCUGAAACAGGAGCAUCACUCCAUCCUGGACGGCCUGCUGGGGACGCUGCGCUGCCUGAAGCAGGAGGAGGAGGGUGUCCUGGUGGAGGAGAAGUCUCACAUGAUCCGCAAGUCCCUGGAAAUGCUGGACCUCGGGUUAAGUGAGGCUCAGGUGAUGAUGGCACUGUCAAGCCACCUGAGUUCUGUGGAGUCCGAGAAGCAGAAACUGCGUUCUCAGGUCCGCCGUCUGUGCCAGGAGAACCAGUGGCUGAGGGACGAGCUGGCUGGGACGCAGCAGAAACUGCAGAAGAGUGAGCAGAGCGUGGCCCAGCUGGAGGAAGAGAAGAAGCACCUGGAGUUCAUGAACCAGCUGAAGAAGUACGACGAGGACCUGUCGCCCUCCGAGGAGAAAGACUCCGACUCCAGCAAAGAGACUCUGGAUGAUCUCUUUCCUGACGACCAUGAUGAACAAGCUCCAGGCAUGCAGCCAGCUCAUGGUAGUGCUGCAGCUGCGGCGGCUCAGCAGGGAGGUUAUGAGAUCCCGGCCCGCCUCAGGACGCUCCACAACCUGGUGAUCCAGUACGCCUCCCAGGGCAGGUACGAGGUGGCCGUGCCUCUGUGUAAGCAGGCCCUGGAGGACCUGGAGAAGACCUCUGGACACGACCACCCAGACGUGGCCACCAUGCUGAACAUCCUGGCCCUGGUUUACAGGGAUCAGAACAAAUACAAGGAGGCAGCCAAUCUUCUGAAUGAUGCCCUGGCCAUCAGGGAGAAGACUCUGGGCAGAGACCAUCCUGCUGUGGCCGCCACCCUCAACAACCUGGCUGUGCUGUACGGGAAGAGAGGGAAGUACAAGGAAGCAGAGCCUCUGUGUAAGAGGGCGCUGGAGAUCAGAGAGAAGGUUCUGGGGAAGGACCACCCUGAUGUGGCCAAACAGCUGAACAACCUGGCUCUGCUGUGUCAGAACCAGGGCAAGUACGAGGAGGUGGAGUAUUACUACAUGAGGGCACUGGAGAUCUACCAGACCAAACUGGGCCCCGAUGACCCCAACGUGGCCAAGACCAAGAACAACCUGGCAUCCUGUUACCUGAAGCAGAGCAAGUUCAAGCAGGCUGAGACACUUUAUAAAGAAAUCCUCACCCGAGCUCAUGAGAGGGAGUUUGGCUCCGUGGAUGAUGAGAACAAACCCAUCUGGAUGCACGCUGAAGAGAGGGAGGAGCAGAGCAAGGGAAAACAGAAGGAUGGUUCUCCGUUUGGAGAAUAUGGAGGCUGGUACAAGGCCUGUAAAGUCGACAGUCCAACAGUGACCACCACUCUGAAAAACCUGGGCGCCCUCUACAGGCGGCAGGGUAAAUUUGAGGCUGCAGAGACUCUGGAGGAAGCAGCCAUGCGCUCCAGAAAACAGGGUCUGGACAACGUGCACAAGCAGCGCGUGGCAGAGGUCCUGAGUGAACCUGAGAACCGUGAAAAGCAGCGCAGCCGCGAGAGUUUGACCUCUGACACGGUGAAGUACGAGAGCGGACCUGACGGUGGAGAGGAAGUGAGUAUGAGCGUCGAGUGGAACGGGGACGGUUCUGGUUCUCUGAAGAGAAGCGGUUCCUUCAGUAAGCUGCGCGCCUCCAUCCGUCGUAGCAGCGAGAAACUGGUGAGGAAACUGAAAGGAGGAGGAUCAUCAUCUCGAGACAGUGAACCCAAGAAUCCAGGCAUGAAGAGAGCCAGUUCUCUGAGUGUUCUUAACGUGGCGGACAAGCCAGCGAGUGACCAGUAUCAAGAAAGAAAUAAUUGUCUGAGGAAGAGUCGUGACCUGAGCGCCAGUCACACCAACCUGGCGCGUUGACGGUCUGUCCCACGUGGUCAGGAUCCACCCUCCCGACUGUAAACUGUAAAAACGUUGGUGUCACCACUGUACAGUUUUAUGCUUCACUGCACUUUGAUAAAUGCUAGCUGUUGCUUUUAGAUUUUCGCUGUAGGUUUCAUUGAAAUAACCUUGAAGCAGGAGCAAAUAUGAAGAUGUGUAUGAAGACAAAUAUCCGCUGAUCUGAGAUCCGUGUGAAUGAUGACCUUUUUUUUACUUAUGAAGAUCUGUGUUUACAAAAAUGUUUUGUUGUAGUUUCUUGUCCAUUUUAGCUGCUUUAAAUAGUUUAUUUUCUGGAAUUAAAAAGUUGUUAUCAUUUGGCAACAACUUUCUCAGGAGCAGGUUCUAGUUUCACACACUGACGGCAGAGAAAUUUUAAGGUUUGUUUUUGAGGUUACACUCGACAACACUUUACUGCGAGAGUGAAGUUGAACAAAUAAAAACCAAAAACUCUUAAAACAAUAACAUUAUUUAGUGACUUGGUUAAUGUUAUGUACAAUUUAAUAUUUGUUUUCCCUUUGAUAUUAGUUGCAAAUACUUGAAUCAUAAAAAAAGUUAUGUUUACCUACGAAAGGUUUAUCUUCCUAAGAUUUGAGCAUUAACAAAAUGUAACAAAAAUUUUUAUCAAGAAAAA